AUGGCAACACCUAAUGUCAUUGUCAGUCGUCUCACUUUCUGCAUUUUGAUUUAGCUGUCGAUCUCAAAGUUUAUUCAUAUCAAAAUAUUAUUUAUACGAAAACAAACAGGCGUAAUGAUACGUGUUCAUGUAUACAAAAACAUAAAUAAAAAUGAUGGCAAGCUUAUGGUUGUGGAAAAUUCGAUUAAAACUUUCAAAUCUUUAGUAUCUGCUCUUUUCAACAUAACAGAGGAAAAUGUUAAGCUAUUUUUCUCAAAUGGAUGUGAAAUAAAUGACGUGAGAGUGUUAAGAGAUAACGAGGAAGUUUACCUUAGUUUAGAUGGCAUAGAAAGUACUAAGGACUGUGAUAUGAUUAGUAAAUCUAUCGAGAAAUUGAAAGUUGUUGAUGACAACCCGAUAGAUAAAAGUAAAACUGUAUCUGAUUGGAUAACGCUCAAUGUUGGAGGAAAACACUUCACUACAACUCGUUCUACACUAGUGGCUAAGGAACCUUUAUCAAUGUUGGCUAGAAUGUUUGCUGAAGACAACAAUACUUACUUGAUGAACCCCAGUGCGACAGAUUUAUCUGGAGCAUACUUAAUAGACAGAAGUCCUAUAUAUUUUGAACCUAUUCUUAACUAUUUAAGACAUGGUGAUGUUAUACUUGAUAAGAAUGUUAACCCAAAGGGUGUGUUAGAAGAAGCUGUAUUCUAUGGUAUAGACUCCAUGAUACCACAUCUCCACCAACUUUUGGAACAAGCAAAGAGUUGUUCAGGCAAUAAUCAAGCCUUAACUCGCAUGGAUGUAGUUCGUUCAGUAAUAAUGACUCCAACAAAUUCAGAACUAAGAUUCCAAGGAGUAAACUUAGCUGGAGCUGAUUUGAAUAGAUUGGAUCUAAGAUACAUUAAUUUUAAGUAUGCUUGCUUGUCUCGGUGUAACCUUAGUGGAGCAAACCUAUCUCAUUGCUGUCUAGAACGAGCUGAUUUAUCUCAUGCUAAUCUUGAAGGAGCACAGUUGCUUGGAGUCAAAGCUUUAUGUGCUAAUAUGGAAGGAGCAAAUUUGAAAGGUUGCAAUAUGGAAGAUCCAGCUGGAUGUCGAGCUAUAAUGGAAGGAGUCAAUCUAAAAGGUGCCAACUUGGAGGGGAGUAACAUGGGAGCUGUGAACUUAAGAGUGGCAACCCUAAAAAAUGCCAAUCUUCAAAAUUGUGAUUUAAGAGCUGCUGUGCUGGCUGGGGCAGAUUUGGAGUGUUGCGACCUUUCGGGCAGCGAUUUACAUGAAGCAAAUUUACGUGGCGCAAAUUUAAAAGACGCGGCAUUUGAAUUGAUGUUAACACCGCUACACAUGUCCCAAACUAUACGAUAAUGUGUCUGUUAAAUAUAAAACAAUA